UGUCCCGUGAGUUGAUUUUAUUGUAAAUCUGCUUUUAAAUUUAAACUUUUAUUACAAUUUAAUUUGUGCUUGUGCUAAAGGUUGUGAAUAUUACUUAUUAUUUGGUUUUUGAUAUAAAAAUAUAUUAUAAAUAUAUUGAAAAUGGCGUCAAAGGGCGCAUUGAAGACGAUCGCCAAUGAGGAGAAUGAGGAGCGGUUCGGUUAUGUAUUCGCCGUUUCUGGACCCGUCGUAACGGCGGAAAAGAUGUCCGGAUCGGCUAUGUACGAGCUGGUGCGUGUCGGCUACAAUGAACUCGUGGGCGAGAUCAUCAGGCUCGAGGGUGACAUGGCUACCAUUCAGGUGUACGAAGAAACAUCGGGUGUGACGGUCGGUGACCCAGUACUCCGUACAGGCAAGCCGCUGUCCGUGGAACUCGGACCCGGUAUCCUCGGCUCCAUCUUCGACGGUAUCCAAAGACCACUGAAGGAUAUCAACGAGCUGACCAACUCGAUCUACAUCCCCAAGGGUGUGAACGUGCCCUGCUUGGCUAGGGAGAUCGAUUGGGAGUUCAACCCACUGAACGUUAAGGUGGGCUCGCACAUCACUGGUGGUGAUCUCUACGGUAUCGUCCACGAGAACACUCUGGUCAAACAUAAGAUGCUGAUGCCACCGAGGGCCAAGGGUACAGUCACUUACAUCGCACCACCCGGCAACUAUAAAGUCACUGACAUGGUGCUAGAAACCGAGUUCGACGGUGAGAAAGCUCAAUACACGAUGUUACAAGUGUGGCCGGUGCGACAGCCGCGCCCGGUCACAGAGAAGCUGCCCGCCAACCACCCGCUGCUUACGGGACAACGUGUGCUCGACUCGCUCUUCCCAUGUGUACAAGGCGGUACAACAGCCAUCCCCGGCGCUUUCGGUUGCGGCAAGACUGUGAUCUCUCAAGCUCUGUCCAAAUACUCCAACUCUGACGUCAUCAUCUACGUCGGGUGCGGGGAGCGUGGUAACGAGAUGUCCGAAGUACUCCGUGAUUUCCCGGAGCUGAGCGUUGAGAUUGACGGAGUGACUGAAUCCAUCAUGAAACGUACAGCACUUGUGGCUAACACGUCGAACAUGCCUGUAGCUGCCCGUGAAGCGUCUAUUUAUACUGGUAUCACUCUCUCGGAGUACUUCCGUGACAUGGGCUACAACGUGUCCAUGAUGGCGGACUCCACGUCCCGUUGGGCGGAAGCCUUGCGUGAGAUUUCCGGACGUUUGGCGGAAAUGCCCGCCGAUUCCGGAUAUCCGGCGUACCUCGGGGCCCGAUUGGCCUCCUUCUACGAGAGGGCUGGAAGGGUUAAGUGUCUUGGAAACCCUGAUAGGGAGGGCUCCGUAUCCAUCGUGGGUGCGGUAUCGCCCCCCGGAGGUGACUUCUCGGACCCCGUAACAGCAGCCACCCUGGGUAUCGUGCAGGUGUUCUGGGGGUUGGACAAGAAGCUGGCGCAGAGGAAACACUUCCCCUCCAUCAAUUGGCUCAUUUCUUACAGUAAAUACAUGCGCGCUCUAGAUGACUUCUAUGACAAGAACUACCCCGAAUUCGUGCCACUCAGAACAAAGGUGAAGGAGAUCCUCCAAGAGGAAGAGGACUUGUCAGAAAUCGUACAACUGGUCGGCAAGGCGUCGCUCGCUGAGACCGACAAGAUCACGCUCGAAGUGGCCAAGCUGCUCAAGGACGACUUCUUGCAGCAGAACAGCUACUCUGCGUACGACCGCUUCUGCCCGUUCUACAAGACGGUGGGCAUGCUGAAGAACAUAAUCUCGUUCUACGACAUGUCGCGUCACGCCGUGGAGAGCACCGCGCAGUCCGACAACAAGGUCACGUGGAACGUCAUCCGCGAUGCUAUGGGGCCCGUCUUGUACCAGCUUUCGUCUAUGAAGUUCAAGGACCCAGUAAAGGACGGUGAAGCCAAGAUCAAAGCGGACUUCGACCAGCUUCUCGAAGAUAUGUCCGCGGCCUUCCGCAACCUCGAAGACUAGGCGAUAUCACCCUACACCUCGAUAUCUCUUCGAUAUCACUCCGAUAUCUCCCUGAUAUCUCUUCGAUAUCUCCCUGAUAUCUCGCCGAUAUCUCCCUGAUAUCGCCAUACAUUUCCAAAUUCCAAUACCUUGUUGAAAGUUCAUAGUUUCGCGCCACCUGUAAAUAAAUAUAUAGCGCGACAUAGUUGUUAUUUAUAUGAUAUUAUACUAAAUAUAUUUAUAAACAAACAGAUUUAUUUUUGCCUGGUUUCUAGUGUGAUUUAUUUGAUCGAUUCGUGCAUUCCACGUUUUUAUAGUUCGCUUUGCCGUUCGUUUCAGUAUUAUCGAGCAGAAAUUACAUCAUAUGAGUUAUAUCUUACUGUUUGAUGUUACGUGUUGAUAGGAAGUUAUUAUAAAUAAAUAUUAAUUAUUGAAACGCUGUUUUAUUCUGAUUAGAAUGAAUUGUAUUGAUUGUUGUAAGUGAAUAAAAGACACGAAAAAUA